UUGAUUGUCACUGUCAGAACCAUUCAUUUAUUACCCCUAUUUUCCUAUUCACUUCGGAUUCGGUUGGUCAGCUAUUUUAGUUCUAUUGUUGACUAAACUGAAUAAUAAAGUGGUAAUAAUUCAUAACUUACAAAAUGCUGCGCAGUAUUGUGGAGUAUUAUGCAGAACAUGAACAGUAUAGAUGUGGAUACUGUAAGAGCCCUGAUACCAAUUAUAGUCAUGGUAUGUGGGCUCAUGCCAUGACUGUAAGCGAUUAUCAAGAUUUAAUAGAUAGAGGAUGGAGGCGGUCAGGAAAAUAUUGUUAUAAGCCUACAAUGGAAGUUACUUGUUGCCCCAUGUAUACUAUACGGUGCAGAGCUUUAGAGUUCAAACUGACUAAGUCUCAAAAGAAAGUGUUGAAGCGUGUGAAUAAGAUACUGGCCAGUCAAGAUGCCGCCGCAUCAGCUGGUGAUAGUAAAAGGAAGAUGUCUACCUGCAGCAGUGGUAGUGAAGUCCUAGCUGAAGGGUUCGAGGAAGGAGGUGAACAGUUCAUUGAAACUAUGAGAGACCAUCAAGACUUGAACUUUGAUGUUGUAAAGAACAGUGAACUGCUUGACGGCAGCGCUGGGGAACAAGCUGGAGAUAGUAUCGCACAGAAGGACUUAGCAAAGAAAAAUGAACCUAAACCUAAUUCUUCACAGGAGAAAAUAGUGAAGAAAGAAUUGCAGGAGCAGGAGCCGCCUGUUGCUGAUAAACCAUCACGUAAGAAAGCGAAGCAGUUCAGGCGAGAGAGGCGAUUAGAAAAACUUAAAGAGAAGGGCAUUAACGAGCUCCCUCCGACCGUGCCGAGGUUCAAAGAGAAACAGCUCGAGGACUAUCUGAACGAGUUACCCGAUGAUGUCAAACAUAAGCUAGAGAUAAAAUUGGUAAGAACAGCACCUCCCAGCCCUGAAUGGCUGGCGACGUCGAAGCAGGCUCACGAAGUGUACGUUAAGUAUCAGACGACAAUACACGAUGAUAAACCAGAUAAAUGUACUGAACCAAAGUUCCAUGACUUUCUAGUCCAGAGUCCUUUGUUGGAAGAACAUACCGAGGAUGGUCCAGAGAGUGGGUACGGGUCGUUCCACCAGCAGUACUGGUUAGAUGGCAAGAUCAUUGCCGUCGGAGUCAUAGAUAUACUGCCCAAGUGCGUGUCUUCUGUCUACUUCUUCUACGACCCUCAGUAUAUGAACAUGACUUUAGGAACUUAUGGUGCGCUGAGGGAGAUCGAGUUCACAAAACAAUUGCACUCCGUGUGCCCUAAAAUCGAGUAUUACUACAUGGGAUACUACAUACACUCCUGCCGCAAAAUGCGGUAUAAAGGAAACUUCUUCCCAUCAGACUUGUUGUGCCCGGAGACCUAUAAGUGGUUCUCCUUGGAAGACUGUAUUCCCAAGCUAGAAGCGACGCCGUACGCGAGGCUCAAUCCUGAUGUGGACUGCACCGAUGACAAUUAUCCUGAAGAAAGCGACUUGAAUUAUAUCCCCAUGUGGGUGAACGGAGUCAUAAUGUUGUACAGACAUUACAAGAGACGUACAAACGCCAAAGACAGCGACACUGGAGAUCUCAUGGAAUACGCACGUCUGGUCGGCACCAAAUCAUUAAAGAGUUUAAUUUUAGUUCGAUAGACUUAUCUUAAUUAAUAGUCCCUAUUUCAAUCAAUUACAAGCCAUAAUUGAGUUUUAAUGUAAAGCUUUUUAGUGUUUUUAAGUCCUUGCAGAAAUAUGGAGUGUUUACGUCAAUGCAAUAAACUUUUAAAUAAAUUAUAUUUAUUACUUGUACUUGACUACCACCAAACUUAAUUUUAAUGCGUGAUACUUUUUGGUUUUUUGUCUGUUUUUGUAUGGGAACCACAAUUGAUGUUUAGAUUUACAUACAUAGCUACAUUAAAUAGUAUUAAUGUUUGAAUUAACGAAGCGUGAAUCUUGGAAUCUUAAUAACAUGUUCUUUUGUUGUGAACAUGAGAACGGCGGAUAGUUGGUAAUAGACCUUGUAAAGGGAAUGGCUGUCACACUACCGGCUCGCGUGUCACCGUGUCACGUCAACUUAAUGUAGACCUAUACAUACAUGUUGUUUAUUAACAUUUUACUAAAGAGUCGAAGCUCACUGUAUACCAGUCAGAGAAGUAGACAUUUAGAAUUUUUCAACUUUAUCGCUGUACAGAAUGAAGCUUGGACACCGUGUUUUAACAUUUUAAUAAAUUUAAUACAUAGUAAUAAUUGAAGUUAUAAUAUGACUCUAUAAAUAUUAGUGUUUUCAGCCUAACCCUGAUAUUUGUAUUACGGUUUUCUACUAAUCCGAUUUAUCAACACAAAUUCCUUUGUUAAACGAGUAAAUCGAAAAAUCAGAAAUAAAUUAUAGAGUAGUUCCGUGAAUAAUGUGUAUUUAACACCUUAGUUACGUGCAAUAAUUCGUGUUUGUUACGUGCAAUAAGUCCCAUAAAAUAAUAUUAAUAAAAAACUGUUUAAUCACAUUUUAAUAGUCAAUCAAUUAAUAUUUUAACAGUGUAGAUUCACUGUUUAAACUUUAAACUAUAUAAACAUAGCUAUAAAUAUAAUCAAUUUUACCCUUAAAAUGUGUAAUUUUUCAUAUCAUACUUUUAUCCGGAAAAAAGUAAAAUUAUAUAAUUAUUUUAAUUACCUAGAUAAAGUAGAUAGGUAGUAAAAAAUGUGUAGCUUUGCCAUUAAUGAACUACAGCGAUGUUAAACGCAUGUUUAAUUAUUAUUUUAUUGUUUAGUCCUACCUGCAAUAAUAAAAUAAAACUAUAUUUUAAUCAUUUAUGAUUCCCAAAACCAAAAUCGACGCCAUAUACUCAAACUCUAAGAUACGUAAUAAUAUUUCUAAUCUUGAAAUACAAUUCUUGAGUUUCAACUUUAAAACCGGGAAAUGUUCUAUUUUCUUUUCGUAUUCUGUGUAUAAUUUGAAAUAUCAGUUUAUUUACUUUAAUAUCUCUAUUUACAACAAAUGGUAAGUAAUUUUCUUAACAAUCUUUACAGCUUAUAUCUAGUUUUCUUACACUUGUCAAAGUAUUGUAAAUUACUAGUUUGAGUAUCGGGCGUUUAUCCCACCUUAAAUAGAAAUACAAAUAAUGAUUAGUACUUUACCGUAAUAUUACGUGACAUGUACUUAACAGCAUUAUAUUUAGGUAAUUAUUAACUAGUCAUGUUUACUUCCUUUAGUUUGCGUUACUACAUGAUUUUAUUUUAAAUAUAGAUGUAAUAGCCAAAUAA